UGUUGGAGCCACCGUCACACCACCGUCGACACACUGCCUGCUGGGAUGAGGCUCGCCACCGGAGAACUACAGAGAUUUCUACAAAUCUGAGAUCGUUUCACAAUCUCGGCGAUAACUCGUCGAAACCCCCCAAUACAAACACACAGUUUCCAGAGGAAGGAGGACCGAGGCGCGCUGCCAACAUGAUGGAAGAAAAAGACAGAUUCCAGGUGCCCAGUGCCGUGCAGGAAGCAGAGAUGCAGGCGGAGAUGCAGCCGCUGGACCCGGCCUCGUCCACGGCUUCAGAGGCGGACUCCGACACCCGAGAGGGGGAACCUGUCACCAUCAACUACAAGCCCUCUCCCCUGCAGAGGAAAAUAGGUGAGGAAGAGCUAUACUUUCUUCUUCUUCUCUUUCUCUCUCUGUUCCCUCUCUGCAGGUUGGUAGUGCCUAACAAAGGCUACUCCUCUUUAGACCAGAGCCCAGAUGAGAAGCCCUUGGUGGCCCUAGACACAGACAGUGAUGAUGAUUUUGACAUGUCUAGAUACUCAUCGUCGGGAUACUCCUCUGCUGAGCAAAUCAAUCAGGAUCUGAACAUCCAGCUGCUGAAAGAUGGUUACCGCCUAGACGAGAUCCCCGACGACGAGGACCUGGAUCUGAUCCCGCCUAAAUCAGUCAACCCCACCUGCAUGUGCUGCCAGGCCACCUCCUCCACCACCUGUCAAAUACAGUAACCCCGCCCCUCUGACCUUCUGCGUCCCCCGUCCCCCUUUCACACAAUAUAACCCCCAAUCUUCAUCUGCUGUGAGUUUACUUCGCCUCCACAGUGGUGACAGUGAAGUAUUGGUAGAGUAUUUUAAUGACAGUUAAGUGCUAUGAUGACAAUUAGGAGUAAUCCGAUUAACAUAUAGAGUAUUUGGUUUAACAUAUAGGAGAAGGAAGACAGUUGAAAAUAUUCAAUGUGUAUUUAAGUGGAAGUGGUGGUUUCCUCCUAUGGCAGGACGUGUUCGAGAGCCCUUCUCCUGGUGAACAUGAUGUAACACACUAAUAUUAGUGGACAGAAGGUCAAUUGAUGCUAUAAAGAGAAAUCCAUUUCCCUGAAGAAUAACAAACAUCAUAACUGAUGACUCAACGGUUUUUUUCUAGUUUUUUUUAUUUUGGUUUUAUUUAAUGCUUUCCUUUUUUUAAGACUGAUGAUACUUUUGAUUGUAUGUGCUGACAUGGAGAUGUUUUAGAGGUGUGGAGUCCCUGAAUAGAGGAUAUCUGGUACCAUAUUCAUUGUACUGUACGGGGUUGUUAUGUACUGUAGCACAGGUUGCACUCAUUCACUCACCCUCAACACUUAUUGGCUGGAUAUGUUUAAGGCAGAGUUUAGAGAUGAACCUGUGAACAUGAAUGGCUUAGGAACACAUUGCAUGAAGAGCACUGGACUGAAUACAUAAGUUGAAAAUAAAAAGGAAGUAGCUGGUUGCACAUUUAAUUUCUGCCCUAUUUUGAUUGCGCAACCUCUUGACUGGUAUUGUUUGAAUUUGCACAUUUUUUCUUUUGUUGGGCUCAUAUCUGUGUUCUCUUUCCUGCAUAGCAGUGACGGUGUCUUAUCUGAAAUGAACUGUGUCAAAAGGGAAAGAUUACAUAUCGCUGCACGACCCUCUAACACAUGAUGCUCACAUGAUAAACAUGUUAUCAAGGCCAAAGGAACGUGGGGUGACCUUAAGAUAGAUUUUUCCUUAAACACGGCUGUACACCCCAUAGUAUAUAUAUUCUCCAUCACUGGACACUUGUCCCCAUAUCUGUUUGAUAAAUAAAGGAUUUUAAAGAGAGCACACAUAUGCAUGUAUACUGACAUACAAUGCCAACAUAGUGGCCAUUUCUCAAUGUCGAGUAUACCUGCUGCAGAGCCACUAUUUCAAGUAUACGUAUAUACGUCAUCGAGUGGCGCCGAA